AUGGCGUCUUCGGAAAAAUCUGCGAAGAUCAAUGCGAUCGAGUUGGGUAGCAGGAGCGGUACGAGCGACGAAGUGAGCGAUGGCUUGGGAUCAGAACAGAGCUCUAUCGGAGAGAAUAAGGUAUACAUCGGUCACAUCUCGACAUCACACUGUUACUAACUAUCCACAGCUAACUCUUGGCUUCGUCAUGACAAUGAUCGGCCUCUCCCUUGCCUUGGUCGUAGCGGAACUUACGCCCCUCUUCACAGCAACAACCUUUACCAUCAUCGCGAACGAUCUCCACGCCACAAAAAACAUGGUCUGGAUCACCGUUUCCGCAUACAUCGCCGAAGGGGCCAUGGUGCCUUUCGUAGGAAGCCUGUCGGAUCUUUUCGGUCGAAGGAAAAUACUCCUAUUCAGCUUGGUGGUGAAAAUGCUGGCAUGUAUCAUCAUGGCAUCUUCACCCUCCCUAGCACCCUUUCUCGUGGGCUGCGUUCUCUCCGGGUUCUCCAUUGGAAUCCAAGCCAUGACGGUAAUCUCAGGCGUCUCCGAACUUGUACCCGCUGCGAGAAGAGGCGCCAUGCUCGGAUAUAUCGUGAUGGGAUUCAUACCGUUCGGGCCCGCAGCGCUGUAUGGUCAAUUGAUUGCCCAACACAACUGGAGAUACAUCUUCCUCUUGAUUGGCAUAUUGGCUUUGCUUUCAUUCAUUUGCUUGGCGAUCUGGUAUCGACCCCCGCCUCGAACAGCUACCAUCGGGCUGUCAAGGAGGGAAAUGCUCCGUCGCAUUGACUAUGGAGGCGCUUUCUUCUCCAGCGUUGGCUUGACGCUGGCCAUCAUUGGAAUCAACUGGGGCGGAAUCGACUACCCCUGGAAAUCAGCCCAAGUCAUCUGCAUGCUCACCUUUGGCUUCCUGUUCCUUAUCAUGUUCGGCAUCUACGAAAAGUACUUCACCAAGUGGCCCAUGUUUUCGAUGAGGGUGGCGAAGAAUAAGCGCAUGCUGGCGGCUUGCUGUAUCAUCUGCUUCGCGUCCGGAGUGAACUAUAUGCCCGUCACGACCUUUUGGGGAAUCCAAGUCUACGCCGUAUACGGAGCCGACUGGCAUCAAGCAGGAAUCUGGGUGAUGCCGAUCGGAUUCUGCGUCUUCGGUGGAUGCGUCAUCGGAGCCAUGCUGUUGACUCGCUUCAAACGACACAUCCUGUGGGUGAUACUAGCAUUCUGCGCUAUGCAGACAAUCGGUAAGUUUGACCCAACCUCCUCCCUUUCCCACAUAACCACCACUAACAAACGUUUACAGGCAGCGCAACCGCCUCCCGCUUCGACUACACCAACGUCAACACCAUCUGGGCGCCCUUGAUCAUCGCCCUCUUCGGCGUCGGCGGAGUCUCCCUCCCCAACCAAGUCAUCUUCACCGUCAUCGCCCCCGACGACCUCAUCGGCAGCAGCGUCGCCAUCGCCGUCGUCCUCCGCGUCCUCGGCCAAGUCGUCGGCAAAUCCGUCUUCUUCAACAUCUUCAGCGAGCGCCUCAAAGCCGACGGACCCGCCAUCGUCGGCAUCCCCCUCGUCAAAGCCGGCUUCACAUCCCCGCAGCGCAUGUCUAUGUUGAUCGAAGCAUACAUGUCCGGCCCCAUCUCUCAGAGCCUCCAUCUCUUCCCGGAAUUGCACUCCCCGGCUACCCUGGCCAUGGUGUCGAACGCGGUGCAUCAGUUGUACGGGAAAGUCCUGGCGCAUAUCUAUCUCAUGUCGUUGCCCUGGGGCUUGAUUGCUUGCGUGAGCUGUCUGGGGUUAUAUGGGAUCGGCGAGUACAUGGAUAACCAUGUUGCCGUUCAUCUAUGA